AUGAACAAAUACGGCUUCGAUAGUAUCACGAGAGACCCCACGAAGGCCAUAACUAGUCGCAAUGGACCAACCCCGCAAAAACCAGAACUUCCAGACUCUCCCUUGGACCGGAAAGUUUUGGCGUAUGCCUCCAAGGAGCUUCCCGAAAAGGUCCUCUACCACUCGCUUAGGGUCUAUCUCUACUCAGUUGCAAUAAUCAAUGAUUAUUUUCGCGAGUGGAAUUUGGACAAGACUGUUCUAUUUGCGACUUGCUUGCUUCAUGAUAUUGGAACUACAGAAAAGAAUAUGGCAGCUACAAAGAUGUCCUUUGAGUUUUACGGUGGCUUUAUAGCAAAAGAAUUCAUUGAGGAAGAAGCCAAGGAUAAGACUUUUGCGGAAGCAGUGUGUGAAGCCGUCAUUCGUCACCAAGACAUUGGCGAUAGUGGAAACAUCACAACAUUAGGAUUAAUCCUUCAGAUAGCCACCAUCUUGGAUAAUGUGGGCAAGCAUACUCAAUACAUCCACCCUGAAACGUUGAAUUAUGUCAACAAAAAGUACAGUCGCGAGGGUUGGUUAGCUUGUUUUGCUGCCUCGACAGAUAACGAAAAUGCCAAGAAGCCAUGGGGCCAUACAAGCAAGCUUGGAGUUCCUGAUUUCAGCGAGGCGAUUCUCGCCAAUCCGUUGGCCUCAAGCUGGAGAAAAGAUUAUGCCAAAAUGCCUGAUUUGCCAUCGGUAUCUGGUAUAGUGACACAUUUUUACAAGAUUGCUCAUCUACAACUGCUAGAGGUCCAUAUUUACACUGCGACAGAUCCAACUCAAGAUCAACUCUUACUAGAGCUCGAGCUUCAUAUACGAGACCAGCAUCCUCGAAUUUUGUUGACAUACUACAACAAAUGUCUAUAUCAAUUCAAGCUAGGGCAUAUCGAGGCAGGGGUGGAUUUGCUCAAGCCAGGGGACACUUCUAGUGCUAAUCAUGGCCGACUUGAUGAACUAUACCCGAAGCUCACUUUCAAAAGAGAGUUUACGGUAAAUGCAGCCUCGCUUGCAAAACCUUCCAAGGGUCUGUCAAGUCAGGGUACAAAUAAAAAAGAUUCAGAGCCACUAGAUGAUCAAUUGGCUUUUGUCAGCCUCACUUUCUUCAAGGCAGUAAAGAAGAUGAUUGUUUUCAACUUAUGUCAAAAUUCAAAUAACUACUUGUUUGGCAACUACUUGGCGAGCCAAAUACAAGGUGAUAGCAGUCGACUCACGGUUAUACAGAUUGAUCCUGUCGUAUUGGAGAAUGGAGAUUUAAUUGUGUCUCUAUUCCAAACAAAUCGUUUAGAUCUUUGGUUCUCAAGUGUUAUACAAUUGAGUGCUUCGUCGAUGAGUUUGACAAAAAAUUUCGUCAUCUAUGUGAUACCAUCUGGCCUACGUUGCCAUUUGUAUGACACUUCCGAUUAUCAUCUGACAUUCACUCUCAGUCCUCCGAAAUCGAGCAGCAAUCUCCUUCGACUCUUGAAGCUAAGUACUGGAAUUGACCUAUCAAAAAGAGAAGAAAUACUCUGGGCCAAAUUGAUCCCUAAUCUUCAACACUUGAACAAUCAAACCUCGAACAUCUCACACUUUAUACAUGAAGUUGAUAACAAGAAAUUCAUCUUGUGGCCUUGGGAACUUUGUCUUCUACAGUUUGGAGAUGAGAGCACAAGCGAAACGGCCCUAGCUUCACCCUCGUGUAACACCGAUCCUAUGGAUCUUUUGAAUCGCUUCAUGGAUUUCAGUAUCGCCUCCAAAGAGAGACACUUGCAUUCAAAAGGCGAAUCAUUUCUGCCAGAUGUGCCGAUAUCUACUGCUCCGCAGUUUUCUCAAAACUCGUCUGCUAAUGGGGUCAGCCCCAUUUCGACUGGUAAAAGUUCUGGGAAUGCUGCUUUCAUGGACGACACUUCUGUGAAACUUGAAACACCAGUCAUGUCGAUGACUGAUGACCUUUCCUAUCAGGACUUCCAUCAGACUCCAUCUGCAAACUCUGUUAAACCAGAGUUAUCGGACGUUCCAAAGUGGAAUGAGGAAAGACUGGAGACCCGUGAAGCAGCUGCAAGCGAGAAGUUCCACUCAGAUUUGCCAAAAGUAAAAAUUUUGGGUGACAACGAAAAAGAGGGUGAAAACGUCGGUGAUGACGACGAUGAUGAUGAUCUUUUUGGUGAGAGCUCUGGGUCAGAGGUCAACGAUGAAAAUGUUGCUAAACCAAAUGCAAAGAGUGACCUUCUUGUGACUGAUGCUGAUUCUAAUCCAAUAGUGUCUAAGCUUAGUGACGCAGAGGAGUUGUCAGCUAAUCAUGUUGCAAAAGAAGGCGCUGAUUCGGCCUACAACCGUGUUUCAACGCCAGGAUUAGACUCCCCAUCAACAUUUGUGAAUAUACCUCGAGACCAGAUGAUAUCUGACAAGGAUAUUGGCUCCUACAAAGACCCUGGUGCCCCUCUACCGAUCAUUCCAACGCCUGUUGUCCCGGCUAGUGCGGUCUUCACACCUUCAAUAUCUGCAUCGGAAAAAAGCUUCUUCAAAAGGGAAAAAAGACCUACGAAUGAUCGACCACCAGAAAAUGCUGCUGUCAAGGAAGGUACAGGGUACGUCUUUUCACCCAUCAGAUUCAACCCUGUCAUCAAAAGUAGCAUUGAUACGAAAUACGGAAAAGGUGGAAAGUUUUACGUCGAACAUGAUGAAGCAUCCGAUCCUGAACAUCGAAACCGGCGUUUUCGUGAAACCAGUGUCAGUCAUGGGUCCCCACUUCAAUUUUCUAAUGAACUCGCAGCCAGGCAAAAUGAUAUGAGUAAAACUUCUGAAAGGAAGGCUAAGAAGCAACCUAUCGAAGGUAACCCUGAAGAAAACUCGAGUUUCACGAGCAAAGAACUCUCGGCUCCAAUUAAGGAUCAAGAGAUUGAUUUUGAGGUUCAGGAAGCUGCACAGUCUGGGAUGCCUGACCAUCAAGUUGGACGCCGCGUCGAAAAUGAAUACCCCCAGGACGGCUCUGCCAGUAUUGAUUGUCAUCCUUACCGUCGUUCACAUGGGAAGGAUGACGAUGACGAUCUUGGUGAAGAUGAUGAUGAUGAUGAUGAUGAUGCUAUGGAGGAUAGCAUGAAUGAAGAGGACGAAGAGGAAGACGAGGAAGAGAGUGAUGAGGAUGAGGAGUAUGGGAAUGAGGAUUUGGAUACAUCUCCUCUCAGGCUCAAUACUCUCAACCAAGACCCUACUAUUGUCGGUCAUAAUUCGUUAAAUGAAACAGUGCGUCCCUUUCCCCCAGCAAAUUCCAAUAUUGACAUGGCGCAACAAGACUUAUCUCCAUACCCUUCAGGGCACAGACAGUGGGGCGGCAAAGACGAGAUCCCUCCUGGGCCGGCUGGUCCGGUCCUCAUAAAUGAUCCGGUCACGCAAUCAUUGUCACCAUUACCCAUUUAUCCGAAUGAUACCAAAGAGGAGCUUGCAAUUAUCAGUAACGACUCAAAAGACAUCGACACAUCAAUUCCUGCAACAAGCGCAGGAAGCCCGGUUACAAGCACAUCGAGCGCUGUUGGGGAGUCCUCUAACUGUCUUCCGCUCAUUUUGAGGAGUAUAAAUGUCCUCACAAUUCCCCCGGUCUUCUUUUUGAGAAAAGAGCAAGAAAGCUGGGAUGCUGUUACCAUGCUGUCGGGAUUUGAUAUGGACGUUGUUGAAGAUUAUGAAAGCCUCGAUGUUGAGAGGUACCACGCACUCACGGUCAAAGGUAAGGAUCUAGCAGAAUUCCUUAAAUGGAUAACUUCAAAUCUUAUUUUUGAUUUCGGAAACUUCGAAGCACGACAUACUACUCGCUCAAAGAUAUCUGAGGAAGAUCAUUUUUAUCACGACGGGCCAUGUGUUGAGACAGAGCCAUCCGAGCUGAUGUUGAAGAUUUUUAAAAGUGUUUUUCCUCUCAGUCUUCGUGUUAGCCUUGAUGAAUUGCGAUUUGGAUAUUCCGAAACCAACAUUGAGUCAUCAAAGAAGAUCGACGAGAACACGGUCGAUAACCAUCUAGGGUUUUUGGGUCAGUUGAAUGAAGGUAACGAGAAUGAUCUGCCCGAUAUUAAAUCUAUUUUUUGGGAUAGUAUUUACCAUGAAAGCCCUGAAAAUGAAAGGAAUGCAGAGCUAUACACCAAGCAUUUAACUGAAGCUGAACAGAGAUGGAGUUCGCGGAAGAAUGAAGAUCAUGCUACCCUUCCUACCUCUGACGCAAAAGUGAAGAUUUUGAAGCCAAAUUCGGAAAUCAUCAAUAUUGAUUUUGUGGGUUUGAGAUUCUGGCGCUAUCUCAACCUCAAGCCUGUCAACCACGAACGAACAUUUCAGGUUCUUCUUAUUUCUCCAACGACGACGGGAGCAUUUGAUAACGAUGUUUUUGAACGGGGAAACCUUUCGUUUCUCAGCCUUUUGAAGAACAAUUACAAAAAUAAUCAUUUUGGGGAUAUAAAGAAACUAUCUUUGCUGGCUCCUGAGAAUAGAGCAGACCUUGAAGGAGUUUCGAACGGAACUAUCUUGUUGGAGCAAUCCGAAGCUGAAUGCGGUUACACAAAGUUCUAUCAUCGGUUGGGAAAAAGACUUCGUGCUUUAGCGGAGUUGAUCAAGUUAGAUCUUAUCAACAAGAAUAACAGAUUCGAUUUUGACAGGCCUUUGCUUCUUUUGUUCAUCAACUUUGAUGACACCAUAGGCUCGAUUUCACAGCUUUCGAAGAUAUGCAGAGACUUUCAGGCGUCUUUAAAUAUUCACCAACUCUCACUUGUCGAAGUUUUGUCUCAUGUGAUUCCUUGGCAGAGCAUCCUAAAGCUGGCUAACAACCGAAGGAGACUCAAAUAUUUAUCGAGCGCUGAGCUUACUAAUUUAUCGAUGAUGCUUUACAACAAGUGUCCGAAUAGCAGGAUGAGAUAUUCGACUCAAACGACUAGAGGGACUGCUGGCCUUUUCACAAGGUUGCUCAAAGAAAGACCGCAAAGCUUGAACUUCAAGGUUUCCAAUCGCAGGCUCUAUAAUGAUGAUGGUGCAACACUUGCCGAGGAUCUUUUUCUUCAUGUCGCUUAUGAGCGGUCCAUUGAUCGAAAAUGGGUAUCUGCUGCCUGGUCUGACCCGCAUGGCGUGGUCACUUACACAAAGUCAUGGUAUUGUGCAUCAAAACGAGGUGAUAAUACUAAUGGACAAGACAUCGGUCAAAUUAUCAGCGAAUUGUGGGAUACGUCUAGCUCCUUGCUCAAAUACCUUGGUGAUGAAGAAUCUCGCAGCGCGUGUGGUACUAGUGGAAAGAGGUUCCUCGUUUUAACUCGUGUGAAUAGUAUUUUGCCCGAUGAUGAGUUAGUAUUCUGGAAACGACUCACCUCGAAGUACAAGGAGAUCUCUCUCAUUGUGCUUUCGGCAAAUCGAUUGCCCAAAAUCACAUUCGGAUAUCAGGGUAAAGGUGCAACGAAUGCUCCAAUGGGUGAGCAAAGUCCCGCAAACCCUGACCAAAUGGCUGUCAAUAAAAGCUACAACAUGUGUGGACUUGGUGGUACUGAUCUAAUUAAGGCAUUUCCAAUACCGUACACAAGUUCUCCAGGUACUAAUGAGAUCAACAAUAUUGCCUCACCAAUCAAUUCAAGUACUUUACAUGUUCAUUCCCCGCAUCAGUUUGUGAAUGCCCCCGGAAACUUCUUGAGUCCACAAGAUAGCGGAGUGCAGAGUCAUAAUGGAGAAUCCAAUAUCAUUGAUGAGCACAAUCUCUAUAUCCGAGACAAGAACCUUGAUGUUGUGGGCUUUGUUCCUCAAACUUCACUACCUUGCUCCAAUUCUCCGACGAGGCUAGGAAUGAAAACAGGAUAUUUGAUCAAAGAAAUUGGAGACGAGGAAUCCACUAACUUCAUGACCUUCGAAGUCUCGCUCUUGAGCUGCUCAUCUCAAUGGAAUCUCAACACCAUCAUGAAAAUUUUGCUCAAUCAAUUCAAGAAGCUUAUUCAUCUAAACUACAUCAUUGGAAUUUGCCCACUCACAAAUAAAGAUGAAACUACAAGUUCUGCCCAUAGAACGAAACUCCGCAGCAUGACCCCGUGGCACAUCAAUGCCAUUGGAAAGAGUUUGGAUUACUUGGUUCAUGUUAGCGUGAAUGAUGAUGUCUAA